UCCUCCUGCUGUGCACCAUUAUGAAAAGCCUGGGUCGGUUCUCUUGACAACAGCUCACAGGCACUGGAAAACUACUACUAGCCCUGCCAAAAGUCAUCUCAUCUCCAGGCUCAGCAAGCUCCAUUCCCUCAGUCUCUUCUCAUACAACGAAUGAACCAGCCCCUGAUCUCCUUUGCAGUCCUAUGUGGAAUUCACUGCAAACAGUUUGCAAAAAGGAAGAAGACUUCACUUUGGUUCACUGUUGCACUGCUGGUGGUGUCUGUUUUCAUACUGACCAUAGGUCUGGCAGCUACCACAAGAACAGAAAAUGUUACUGUGGGAGGCUACUACCCAGGCAUCGUUCUUGGCUUUGGAUCUUUCCUAGGGAUUGUUGGCAUCUACCUGGUAGAAAACAGAAGACAAAUAUUGGUAGCCUCCAUCGUGUUUAUCAGCUUUGGUGUGGUAGCAGCAUUCUGUUGUGCAAUAGUUGAUGGAGUGUUCGCAGCACGACACAUAGAACCCAGACCUUUGUAUAACAAAAGGUGCCAGUUUUAUUCAAGUGGAAUAGGAUUUCUAUAUGAUGCCUACCAGACAGAGGUGACAUGUCAUACCUUAAACAGCAAGUGCCAGCUGAAAAUAAAGAGUAACACAUGCUAUUGCUGUGAUCUGUACAACUGUGAGAAUUCAGACCAGUCCUCCAGCUACUACGAAUUUCUUGGUGUGAGCAGCUGUCAGGAUGUGGUUCACCUCUACAGGCUGCUCUGGUCCUCCACAGUCCUCAACAUCAUCGGCUUGUUUCUGGGCAUUAUUACGGCAGCCAUUCUUGGGGCCUUUAAAGACAUGGUACCUCUGUCCCAAAUUGCUUUCAAUGCCGCACCUCCUCCUCAGAUCCUGUACAAUCCUGCCCAGCAGAUCCUGACAUAUGCUGGGUUCUGUCCUUCUGCAGCAACUAUUUCUACAUAUCCAUCCUACCCAUUAGCUCUUCAGCCUGCCAACAAUUUUCCAGGAACAUCAUCUACUGACAUUUCUUUAUCAGAAGAAACUCAGCCUCCAUCUCAGUCCAGCUCCAGCUAUGGUCUUCCCCCGAAUGCUCCAGCCCUGUAUGCACCUACUUACUGCCUGCCUGGAGAAAAGCCUCCACCAUAUGCACCAUAGAACAAAGAAUUUAUCUGAGGUAGCUGGUAGGCUUUUGUUUCUAAGAAAUCUCUGGAAACUGCUGUGCAAGCACUAGACUUCCCAAAGGAACCCUCUGCAGUGUGUGUUACAGCCACUCUGCUUUUACCUGCAUCUCACUGUGAGCAGGGCAGAACCCUGGAAAUGUAAGGGCAGGCACAUCACCACUGGGGCAUCCAGUCACCACCUAGUUUGCCUGCAGUCAGGUGUAGUAGUGCUUUCUGGCUGCUGUAAGGAUGAGAUGUUUCCUUCUUGGUGCACUGCAGAAUAGAUUUUCUUCAAGAAGAGAAAUGAAGAAAACACUCUGGAUUUGUGUUCUUUCAUAAACCAAUAUAGAGGGGUUUAAGCCUGUGCUGUCUGAGUGGGUAGUCAGAAGCUCUCUGAGUCAAUAAUCUUCAGUAAGAGGCCAGGUGUUUGUUUGCUUGUAGUAUUUAUUUAAUAACCCUUUCUGGUGAAAGUGUUGUACCAAUAAAGUGUGGCAAUUAUUUUACAAUAAAAUUCACCGUGUCUAUUUAUACUGUACCU